UUGUCAUUCAUAAAUCAAGAUUACCAACACAUUUUUUUUUUCUUAAUGAAAUAAAAUCGGAAAUUAUUCCUAUAACCGGAAAUAAGAUAUUUUUAAAAUUAACCCCAUCGUGUCUGGGUUCAUUUAAAACCCGUGCGACGACAGCAACAAACUAUUACCCUUGUUUUUCUAUCUACUUUAAAAGCCGAUCUCUUCGUCGUGUUUAGAGAUAGGGCAAUAUUAAAUACACCACGAGAAACUCUGAUCUUUCUUUCAUUGAAAAUAGAAAACGUCGCCGUGUUCCAAAUACACCUCAAAAUUAUCAAACUUCAAGCCAAAACCCGAUUUUAGAUGAAGGAAAGAUCAGGGUUUCUCGUGGUGUAUUUAAUAUUUUGUUAUCUCUAAAGACGACGAAGAUAUCGGCUUGUAAUGUAGAUAGAAAAACAAGGGUAAUAGUUUGUUUAGUUUAAAGGAAUUUUUGGUGGAUUUCGAAUUUGAACGAAUUAAUUUAGAAUUUUGUUGAAGAAUGUUUAAAAAUUGAUUAUUUUUGGUCUAAAAGCUGCGUUUUUUUAUCGUUUUUUGGCCGUCUUCAUUUGUGUCACCCCCCCUUUUUGUAUCGACCCCAUAGACAGAGAACGGUGCAUCCGAACUUGCGGGUGUCUUGCGCGUAGAAAAUUUGGUACUGCCAGUUUCAGUCUCUUACAAGUGAUCGCGCGCAAAGCUUUACGACUUCCAGCUUUUAAUUCAAAGUCUACUUGGAUAGACACGCGAUCGCGUAUUCAAUUUUGAUCGUUUUCUAAGUGAAAAAAACUUUUUAGUGCGCUUCAAUUUCUUCUCGAAAGGAUUUCUUCUUUUUUUAACCACAAAAAAGAAAAUCCUUAAUGGAAGAAAAAAAGCAAUACACAGCUCUAACCAUAGACCGAGCGGCGUUUCUACUUCUCCGAGUGAAAAAGGCGUUCAAAAAGAAGAAAUUGCAGCGAAAAGAACGCGAAAAAAAUGCUCAAUUGGCGGCCGCCCGAAUAGACCAAAGAGCUUCUUGUGCUGGUUUGGAGGGUGCUAGUAGAAGCUGUAGGAAACCGCCCCCACCUUUGUUAAGAUCAAGAACACUUCCUGCUAUUGUAGUACCGGGUGUCAACAUUUUACAAGCACAAUUAGGAAAUUAUACACAAGAUGUCCAACAAGAGCAACAAACUUCAAGUCCUUUCGCACCUCGAGUGGGGAUCUUAUCGAGGUACCACCCGACGAGACUCUCGUUCACUAAAGAUCAGGAACCAAAUCCUUCUUUGGAUGUUGGACGUAGGAAAUCGGCGGUUAGUCGACUUUGCGGAAGCGGUAAUUAUGGUCCGGAACGCAAAUCCGAUGGCACCUUGCUCUUAAGAGUUCCCGCUCCUCAUGUUGUAGCAGCAAGAGCUUAUCGAAUUCAAUCACCAAGUGGAAAUACAGCACUUUAUCGUCUAUCAAAGCUUUUAAAUCAAAGCUCAAAGAAUCAAGUUGUAUUAGAUGACUCAAAUGUAACAAGAAGAUUAAGUUGGGAAAGGAGGGAUCCAAUUGGAAGUCGAAUGCCGCGUUCGGCAAGUAUAGAUUCUAUGGUGGAAGCGGUAUGGUCGGAAACGGUUUCAGCAGACCCAACACCGAUUACGGAAAAAAGACCUUCACUACGUCCGGAUCGUACUUUGGCUUUGGUAUCACCGUCAGUUGGACGCCGAAUGAAGGGUCAAAGAGGGGUCAACGAAUUACCCAAUAUCUUAAGCGAGAACGAAAUGGAAGUGGCAACGGUACCCAUAUCGACUGGUUUACCACCCUCUCGGCAUAAAAACAGCAAAAAACAGGCUAAAUUAAUGCAGCAGAGGCUUGAGCGACUCGCUAAAGUCAAUAUUCAUUUACAUGCUUUAUUCGCAGCUGUUGAACAUGGACAUUUGGAUAAAGCGAAAACGAUUUUAGAAUCGACCGAUGUUGAUGUUAACAGCUUAAAUGCGGAUAAAUUAAGCCCUUUGGAUGUUGCUGUUUUAAGUAAUAAUCGAACUAUGGUAAAGAUGUUGAUUGGUUUUGGUGCUAAAGAAGGGAAUCAAUUUUCUUCAUCAGAAAAAUUAGGUUCACAUCUAACUCAGUUAUUGGGUGAAGCGGAAAUGAGGCUUCAAGAAUUCGGUGGUUUUCUGGAUGAGCCGGCAUCGACUCCAUUAAAUACGAGAGCUUCGUUUUCAAGUAUUAUAGGAACUGCUUAUCCUUCGGCUUCAAUGACUGGGUGUGCUGGUGGUGAUAACGAAAAACAAGCGAUUGUUUGGGGUCGGAGAGUGAAAACUUUAAAACGUUUAGUAUUGGGAUUUAAUCAAGCUCGCCCUCCAGAUCAACCGUCGGUUGUUGCGUUAGAUAUAACCUCUUGUAAUGCUGUUUCGUUACGUUUACAAGAACCAUUAACGACGGAUUCAUCGAUUACAACAAAAUUUAAAGUGCAAUGGUCAACUCGGCCGGAUUUUAGCCCAAUUACGGGUGAAAAAGAGAUCUUUGAUUUAACAAAUUCUCAAUGUACGAUAGAAUUGACACAGGGGAGGAGGUAUUAUUUUAGGGCGUCUUCAGGAAAUUUAAGAGGUUAUGGGACUUUUGUUUCGUCGAUACCUGAAUCUGUUGUACCGAGUACUUGGAGAUCGGUUGAUAAUCGAGAAUUACGCUUUCAAGGGAAACUACAUCAAUUAGAAAUUUUAAUGCAAGAUUUACGUAACAUACGACCGAAUAGCGAAAUUUUAGAAUCGACAGCUCCUCAAAGAAGAACUCAACGGAAGAAAACUACGAUUAAACAAUUAUUUUCUGCCGCGAGUAAAUUCCAAAAAAAUUUAAAAAGGGGGAUUUAUUUAGCUUGUAUUCUUUAUUAUGAAGAUAAAGUGUUGGUUACGAACGAAGAUUUUUUACCUGUGAUAGAAAUCGAUGAAAACUUUCCGAGUUGUAUUCACUCAGAUCAUCAUUGGUUGAUGAAAGUGGCGUGUGCUUGGGAUAAUACGAAAUCGUUGAAGGCCGAUAUGGAGAAAAAUGCUUCAUCGGCGAUUCACUUUCGCACCAAAUUACUUUCGGCCGCGCUUCAAAUGCAAUCGGCCCUUUGCCUUCAAGAUUUAGGUCAAUUGUAUUAUAAGCCGCUUAAAGAUUCUCAAGGCACCGUCGUGAUAAGUACAGUUAAUUACGUUAAAACUCCAAAAACCGUGUCCGUACUCAACUCAAGAUGGCUCCCGAUGAACAAAGUCGUUAAGAAAUGCGUCAUGAACGAGGAUAACUCAAUUACGGAAAUUUUAAUGGGAUCCAUACCAGAACAAAUUAAUUAUCAUCAAGUAUCGAGUUUAAAAUUGGGGAAGGGCUUGUAUUUGGCCUUCUUGAAGAUGCAGAGUUCCGUUGAUUUAAUUCAAGUCGUCGUUCCGGCUAAAACACCAAAUAUGUUACCACAUUGUAAAAUUAGGGAUAACCCACAUGUUUCAGCGGAAGAAUGGGAAUAUUUAAAGCGACAACAUCUCCCUGAUAUAGUCGAUACCUCAACGGAGCAACAAAGAACGUUUUUAGAAUUAGUAACGAGCGCCGCAAAACGUCUUUUUAAUUAUAUGGAUAUCCCGUUGGAAAAUGCGAUAACCCACCGGCUUUACGAUACGGAAAUAGUCGAUUUAACGGAGGAAGUUAGUUUUAUAAUAAUUUGCCCGAGUGCCGAAUUUUCUUGUUUGGUCCCAGGGCAACGAGAAAUUCUACUCCAACGAGGGGAUUUAUUAAGCCUUCCGAUCCAAGUCUUCGAAAUGAUCCAUUUAAACACGUACCAAAACAAUAUCGUUCAAAAAUACUCAAAAUUAAAUUGUUUGUUAGAAUUAGACUCUGCGAAUGCGAAUCAUUUGCACCGCGAAGCUUUCUCGAACAGCGAAGUCGCCAAAGCCAGGGAGAGGUUGGCCCAAUUACAAGAUUUCCAAGCGAAAUUAAACUCGAUUUGGAGAUGUAUUCGUUGGUUGAUGGACGUGAUUACUUUUGCGAGGGAUCGAGGGACUUUUGGGAUAUCCGUUCGGUAUAUUUUGGAUAAAGAUAGUUCGUCGCCGAAGAAUAGUUUGCUUCAAAUUCCGAGUUCAAGAGAUACGAAAGUAAAAAAUACUCCUGGGAGGGGAUCUUGGCCCGGCCCGGGGGCUGUUACAACUCAAAGCACAUCAUUAAUAAACGAAUUUAGUAAAAGUGAGCAACAAUUAAGUAGUAAUGAGAGCGCGUCGCAAUAUUUAAGCGCUUACAGUGAUACUGAGUCGAGGAAGAACUCUGAUAGUUACGCGAGUGUUGAUUUAAACGAACGAUUGGUGCCAUCGAAAAGUGAAGAUAUGCUUUUUGCCGUUCCUUCUUCGUCUACGGCACAUAGAUGUCGCGCGAGCACCGUUUCGAGUGUUUCGGCAACUUCAAGUCCUUUAUUAAAUUUAAGACCAAUGUACAGCGGUAGUUUGUUAAGUGUUAACACGUUUAAUACCACGAAUACUUCCGAUAGUAUGCAUAGUUUGAGUUCGGAUAGCGAUGGGACGAUUCCUUUGGGGAGUAGCACUCCGAGGAGGGUAAAGAACAAUAAUAAACAAAUAGUUCCAUCGAGGAGUAUGACGAACAUGAAGCAACACAAUUUAGAGGCGAGAUUUAGGCCCAAAUUGGAUCCUUAUUUUAAUAAUAACUUGGAAAGUAAUUUAUCGAAGAGUUUAACGAAUCUGAAAAACGUUUUUGACGAAAAGAAAAUCGAGAACAAAGUUCCAGAACAAUCUUCGAGCUCGAUUAAAGAACAAGCGGGGAUUUUACAAGUUUACGCUGCUUAUGAAACGGGAUUAGCAAGCGGGACAAGUUUAAAAUUACACGUAACACCGAGAACUACAGCUCGGGAGGUUGUCGAUUUAGUGGUUAAACAAUUAAAUAUGGCCGUGGUUCUUAAAGGAAAAGAUGGCCCGAUUUACACUUCGGAUAAAUUAAGAAACUUUUGUUUAGUCGCUGUGAUCGGUGCGAGGGAGAGGUGUUUACGAGAUGAUUUUAAACCACUUCAAUUACAAAAUCCGUGGAAGAAGGGCCGAUUAUACGUAAGACAAAAACAGGAAGUUUUAGCCGCUUUGGAACACAGCAGUAAACAUACUGCAAUAAUAUGAGGAAGGGUUAUAUUCGUCCAAAAUCGUCGCGGGUACCAAUUAAUAGAGUUUUAAAAGCCAAUUCGUUCCAUUUUAAUCAAUUAAUUGAUUCCUAAUGAUAAUAUAAAAACGUAGAAAUAUUUUUGUAUUAUUUUCUUUUUUUA